AUGAAAGGUAAGCAAUUUCUUACUGCUGGUCUUGCGACCGUGGCGACUAUUCAUGCCGCGCAUAAUAUAUAUCAGGGCGUGGAGAAGCGGAAGGCGGGGCAUAAGGCUGUGGCGGAGGGGGAUAUGACCCCGGAAGAGGUGAGGAAGGAGAAGGCGAAGGCGAGGAUGCGGACGGCGGCUUCGGUUGGCAUUGCUGGCCUCGGUAUCAAGGGUGCUAUCUCUGAAUGGAAAGAAAUAAGCGAAAUGAGAGGAGAAUACCGCAAAGCCCAAAUCGAACGAGUAGAACGCCACCAAAAACGCCGCGAUCGCGCUGCCAUCCGCUCCAACCAAGGACGCAGCAGACGCGUCUCUCCCAGUCGCCGCAUCGCAGAUGCUCCUUACCAGUCGUCGUCGGAUCUUUCUCCCCCGGAUGCUAGGAAUGGUCGUCAGCGCCUCUAUAUUGAUGAUGAUCCCUAUGCGCCGUACGCUCAGGACUUGCCUCCGCCUCCGGGGUAUGAUUCUCGGGAUUCUCGGGAUUCUCGCAGGGGAUAG